GCCCGGAACCGAAUCGGGAAGAGGAGAUCGAAGCUCGAGGAGGCCAUGGUGAAGGAGACGGGCUACUACGACGUGCUCGGGGUCGACCCGACCGCCUCCGAGUCCGAGAUCAAGAAGGCCUAUUACAUCAAGGCGAGGCAGGUCCACCCAGACAAGAACCCGAAUGACCCGCAGGCCGCGGGGAAGUUCCAGAGGGAGCACUGGAGCUCAGAAACCCGUUCUAGAAAUCCAUGGCAAACUAUGGUGGAUCUUGCCUUCUACCAACAAAAUGGAAUCCAGAUACUUACCGGAACUAGGGGAGGCAUACCAAGUACUUAGUGACCCCGCGCAGCGCCAAACUUAUAAUGCCCAUGGGAAAUCUGGCAUCUCAACGGAAGGAAUAAUUGAUCCAGCAGCAAUUUUUGCGAUGCUAUUCGGCAGUGAGCUUUUUGAGGAUUAUAUUGGUCAAUUGGCAAUGGCAUCAAUGGCUUCACUUGAUAAUUUUGGGGACGAUGAAAAUAUCGACACAAAAAAGUUGGCAGAAAAAAUGCAGGAUGUUCAAAAGGAAAGAGAAGAAAAACUUGCAGAGAUACUUAAAAACCGGCUGCACCUUUAUGUUCAAGGAAAUAAAGAGGAAUUUGUUCGGCUUGCUGAGGCCGAGGUGUCCAGACUUAGUGACGCAGCAUAUGGGCUUGUUAUGUUGAACACUAUUGGCUAUGUAUAUUCGAGACAAGCUGCAAAAGAACUUGGAAAGAAAGCAAUAUAUCUGGGGGUUCCUUUUGUAGCUGAAUGGUUCAGAGACAAAGGCCAUUUUAUCAAAUCCCAAGUAACAGCUGCAGCAGGUGCAAUAGCUCUUAUGCAGCUGCAAGAAGACUUGAAGAAGCAGCUGGGUGCUGAGGGCCAUACCACAGAGGAAGAACUUGAAAUGUACAUGGAGAACCACAAAAAAGUUAUGGUUGAUUCCUUGUGGAAGCUUAAUGUUGCUGACAUAGAAGCCACUAUAUCACAUGUCUGCCAGAUGGUGCUUCAAGAUCCUAAUGCCAGGAAGGAAGACCUGCGUCUUCGUGCCAAAGGACUGAAAACUUUAGGGAAAAUUUUCCAGGGGGUUAAGGUCAAUACUGUUGAGGGUGAAACGUCUCAAAUGAAGAAUAUAGAUAACAUGAAUGACAAUGCCGGUGGCUCCCCUGAUUCGUCACCAAAACAGGAGUCUGUAUUUAAUCCUGUCCCUAACCCUCCUCUUACUCAGAGUCCAUAUGUGGAGGCUCCCCAGUUCGGCGGAACCUACUGUUCGUUCAACUUCCCGAUGCCGACGGCUCCACCUGGAGCGCAGAGGGAUCCGAUGCCUUGAUAGCUGACACCAGAUUUCUUGUACUGCCAAUUAUUUCUGUGUAAUAUUGCUCGUGCAUGGUGCGUCAUUUGUGCCUGUGGUAGUAGAGUAAACGGGGGAGUCCGUCAGAUAAACGGUUGUGUAGCAGCCGUGUAUUUGUUUGUGUACAGUUGUGUUGACGAUGCUGUUUACAGCAGCAGUAGGUCACAAUUGUUGUACAUGAUUUGGUGUUGUUUUUCCCGAGUUGAGGUAUCUUCGUAACACUGGGGAUUACAGGUUCACGCUUCUGUUGCUGCUGCGGAUGAAGUGCAUCGCGUGAUGAUGAUGCACAGUCCAGCUGUACCAAGAGUUCGAGAUCCUGUUAAGGGCCUCUUUGUUUCGAAAUAGUUUCAUAGGAAUUUUUGAAUGAUAGUACCUCAUAGUUAUUUGAUACAGUAUUUUUAUGUGGAAACUGUUCGGUUUGUAGGAUUGAGAACCAUAGGAAAUCAUUUCCAUAGUCUAUUCUA